UCUCCAAACCUUCCCCUCCCACUCCACUCGGGCCGCGAGGAAGUCGCAAGAUGGCUGAUGUCGCUUUGGAAGUAAUGUUCCCCUCUGCAACAUGAAGCCGUGAGUGUGGAAAGGAAAGCGAGGGAGGCAACCAUCGGGCUUUUUAUUUUUUAUUUUCUUUUAGUUCACUUUUCUUUUAAUUUUUCCGUCUGACAUCCAUCUCAUUCCGCGUCGUGUCCGCGCCCCGGACUCGGUUCUUCUUCUUCUUCGGGAGUUGACGCGUCAGAAUCACGCCGGGGACCCUGCCAGCAAGCUAACGAGGCUAACAAGCUAACAGUUCGUGGAAAAAAAAAGCUAGCCGCGGCACGUAGCUUCUCUGUUAGUUUGUUCUUUUUACAUUGAUAUUCAAAACACGAUACGAGCCAACAAGCUACAGCUGCGUACGCGGGGGGAUUUGCCGGCGGCGGUGCUAAAAUAAACGGCAGAUAUUGUAGCUGUCAGAUGAAGAGAGAAGUGGCCGUGCAGCUUGCGGGUUGCUAACUAAUGCGCAGUACUGCUGCUGCUGCUUCUUGUUUCAUGUGCAAGACAGAAAAUCAGCAGGUUAAGUUCAUUUGUUGGCUUUGUUUUGUUGUUUUUUUUCCUCAACAAUAUCCACCACCUCGCUGCAUUUCCCCGUUAUAUCUACAUAUACACACUGCCAAGGAACAUUUCUGCAGCUGGGUAUGUUGAAGCCACAUUAUGGGAGACGGGAAAACGUUGAACUUUUCCGGGCUGUAGGGUAGCUGCUACACUGGCCUUGCUGGCAUCGAACCAAAAAAAAAAAAAAAUCCACAGGGAUGGACACUAAACUGAGCAGCCACGACCAAAACCUGAUAACUAAUUUGGGGGGGAAGUAGUGAGGCUAGCUGACACACUUUUGUGCAGCAGCAGAGUGCACAUGGUGACACAUUUCACGAGUGGGAGUGACAGAUAAAAGUUGUUUUUUUUGUUUUGCCACUUGACCCACAGUUUAGUCACUACAUCGGGAGACUUGAGUUAGCUUUGCCCCUGCAGAGAGCACAGCUAGCUGCCCCGUCUUCGUCCCCCCCCCUCACACACACACACACACACACACACAUCACGUUACAAACACGGCGUACAGGACGUAUUCAGAGCCCGCUCCCGGCCACACGCACAGGCUGAACAACACCGUCAUGGGGGUUCAGGGCUUUCAAGAGUAUUUGGAGAAGCGGUGUCCCGGGGCCGCGGUCCCGGUGGACCUCCUGAAGCUUGCACGCACCGCGGCCCGCCAGCCUCCUCACCACCACCAUCACCAUCACCCACACCACCACCCACAUCACCCCGGGCCCAUGCCUCCCCCGCCCCCGCCUGCGAGGAUCCUAAUCGACGCUGACUCCGGCCUGCAGCGGCUGUACGGCGGGUACCAGACGGACUGGGUGUGCGGGGGCGAGUGGAACGCCAUGCUGGGCUACCUGGCCGCCCUGUCGCAGGCGUGUCUGUACCAGGGCGGCCUGGAGCUGGUCGUGGUUUUCAACGGCACGCUGGGGAAGGAGCGCUGGCCCGAGUGGGCGCGGCGAGCUCAGGGCCAGCGACAGACCGCGCAGCUGAUAGUCAACCACGUCGGCAGCAAGGCCACCCCGCCCCCACGGGCAUGGUUCCUGCCCCCGGCCUGCCUCAGCCACUGCGUCCGCCUCGCCAUGUUCCGGUUCCGAGUGCGGGUUGUACAGACUUUGGAGGACCACCACCAGGAAGUGCUGUCUCUGUACAGGGACUUUGGUUUCGCUGGCCUCAUCGCUCAGGAUUCCGAGUUUGCCCUCUGCAACGUACCCGCCUACUUCUCCUCACAUGCGCUCAAACUGAGCUGGAACGGCAAGAACCUGACCACACACCAGUACCUGCUGUCUGAGGCCGCCCGGCAGCUUGGGCUCAAGACACAGCACCUGCCCUGCUUCGCUGCUCUGCUGGGAAAUCAUAUUCUGCCUGAUGAGGACCUGGCUGCCUUCCACUGGAGUCUGCUGGGACCAGAACACCCACUAGCUUCUCUCAAGGUGCGAGCCCAUCAGCUGGUGCUGCCGCCCUGCGAGGUGGUGAUCAAGGCCGUCUCGGAGUACGUCUCCUCCAUCAAAGACCUGGGAAACCUCGACGCCAUCGCCAGAGAUGUCUUCAAACAGUCACAGUCUCGCAUGGAGGACAAGGUGGAGCGAUUCAAGAAAGCUGUGGAGUAUUUCUCUGCUGCCUCCAAACCACGCUCGCCCAACAUGGGGCCCUCGUCUUUCAUCUUACCUGGGUUUGGACCCAAUCCUUUUGGGGGACCACCUGGCCACAUGGGACCGAUGCAGCCUGGAAAGAAUCAGUUCCCUCCUCCCCAGGUACUGGGGUUCAAGCCACCCUAUCAAAAUGCUCCGUACGGACCCGGCUCCACCCCUCUGUUCCAGAACCCACCGCCGUCCCAAGACUGCAAUGACUCACUGACGGGCAAGAUGGGCUUCUCAGACUGGUCCGCGCCGUACGAUUCCACUCAGGGAGGAAAUCGAGUACCCAACCAUCACACCGGCACCCAGUCCGGACCUUCUCCGUCUCCCUCCUCGUCAUCGGACGGAGAUGAACCCAACGACAGCAACGCAAACCAUUUGACGGACAAGCCCUCGCGGUGGGAGGAUCCUGCCGGAAGGGGGGGCUCAGCCUCUGGAGACGGUUCCCAAGGCAACGGGAGCGGGUCAAACAUUCCGUCACUGUUGUCUAUGGCGACGCGGAGUCACAUGGACAUAACCACACCCCCUCUGCCUCAGGUCAGCGCUGAGGUUCUACGUGUAGCCGAACACAGACACAGAAGAGGACUGAUGUACCCCCAGAUUUUCCACAUAUUGACCAAGGGAGAGAUGAAGAUGCCAGUGUGUAUAGAGGACGAGUGUAACUCCGAGCUGCCGCCUGCCUCUCUGCUGUUCCGUGCCGCCAGACAGUACGCGUACGGCGUCCUCUUCAGUCUGGCAGAAACACACCGCCGCCUGGAGAGGCUCGCUCUCCGCAAGAGGGCUCCCCUGGAAGUUCCUCCUGUGAUCGUCAAAGAGUGGAGCAGCGGCAAAGCUAAGUCGGCCCUGACUCCCGAGCUGGUUCCGGCCCUCUGUUUCCGGGAGUGGACCUGCCCCAACCUGCGGCGCCUGUGGUUGGGUCGGGCCAGCGAGGACCGCUCCAGGAGAACCAGGGCCUUCCUGGCCUGCCUACGCUCUGACUGCCCAGCCCUCCUCAACCCAGCACAGGUCCCACAGCAUCUGCUGCUCAUGUGCUGCGUGCUCAGGUAUAUGAUGCAGUGGCCUGGAGGAAGAAUCCUUCAGAGACAUGAGCUGGAUGCUUUUCUGGCUCAGGCUGUUUCCAGUCAACUCUAUGAACCCGACCAGCUACAGGAGCUCAAGGUGGAGAAGGUGGAUGCCCGCGGCGUGCAGCUCGCCUCUCUCUUUAUGGCUGGCGUCGACACGGCGCUGUUCAUUAAUGAUGUGUGCGGCCAGCCGUUGCCGUGGGAACACUGCUGUCCCUGGGGCUUCUUUGACGGCAAACUUUUCCAGAGCAAACUGGCCCGGGCCGCCCGCGACCGAGCCGCCCUGCUGGACAUGUGUGAGGGACAGGAGGAGCUGGUGUCCAAGGUGGAGAAGAUGCGUCAAGCAAUCCUCGAGGGCAUCAACCUGUCUCGCCCUCCUCCUCCUCCCCCUCCUCUUCCACCUCCUGCCUUCUUGCCCCCAGCCAUGGUGCCCCCUUUCUACCCCAUGCCUCCUCUCUACCCGCCUCGCCCCAUGGGCGGCAUGCCCCAUCACCACCCGCAUCAUCCACAUCACCCCGCCCAGCACAGACCCAGAGCCUUCCCAGGCAUUCAGUCCAUCCCGCCUCAGGGAGGGAAACUGGAGAUAGCCGGCAUGGUUGUGGGCCAGUGGGCCGGGAACAAACCAAUCCGUGGGAGAGGGGGGUUCAACAUGCAGGUGGUGUCGGUGGGCGCAGGGAGAGGGAGGGGUAAAGAGAUUCCAGCUAAAGUGAGGGGAGUGAAAAAGACGCCUUCCAACAGAUCACAGACGUCGUCAUCCCCGACAUCCAGCAGCCCCCCGAAGCCGUCAGAGGAGGCGGUCUCCACGCCAGAGGUUGCCACUCAGCAGCUGAACGGCAGCUCAGCAGCCUCCGCCAUCGGUCAGCCCUUGGAGCUGGCCCCCCUGGCCCAGCCAAUCCCGUGUGCCUUAGCCAGCAGAGACAACCAAUCAGAGGGGGUGGAAGUGGAGGCCCCCUGUUGCCUUGACGACUGCCCGUCAGACGGAGCACUACAGAAAGAGGAGUGAUGGCGUCCCUCCCAGGAUGCACUGCUCUGAGAGAGUUCUCUGUGUUCGACUGCCUUUCCCUGUUUUUGUAGCCCUGCCUGCUAGCUGUGACAUCAUCACAUGGAGCAGGAAGUGACGCGGGGCUCCCCCUCGCCUCCUCGCUGCUCCAUGUGAUCGAGCGGUUAGCUGUUACUUCCUUUUUUAGUUUUCUCAUGUGGUUUUACAUUGUUUUAUGAAGAGAGGUUUUCUCCAUGAGUCUGUAAGCGCCCCGCCCCUAAAAAAUCCUUUAUGCCUCCCUCCCGCACCCAGAGUAAAAUAAGCUUGAAGCCCCGCCCCUCCCAGUAUGACCCCCCCCCCUCUUAUAAGAGCCCCCCACCUAAGUAUGGUUAUCUGUACAGUUUAAAAUUGUUAUUUUGUUUUUUUUAAAUGGUCCCAUUGUUGGAAUCUCUGCACACAGAUGUUACAGCUUGUGGUUACGGUGACAGAUUGGAUGUGGUUUCCAUGGUUACAGCAUCUAGGCCUGGUCGCCAUGGUUGGCAUGUGUGUUGAUGCGGUUUGUUGCCAUAGCCUUCAUGUGUGAGGUUUACACGGAUCCACAGAGACGGAGAGAUGUUCAGAGUUUGACUCUGGAUGUGAGUGAUGUACCGUUUUUUUUUUUUUUUUUUUCUGUGCAGUGACCCUCGUCUCCCAAAACUCCACAGGCUAGCAGCGCUGCUAAACACACAGUGUUAGCACUUCCCCCCCCCUACUGAUUGAUUGGUUAUCUAUUACAGGAGCACUUCUGCACCACCAUGGUAUUAGGGUGCUAUCUUACUUCGACCUAUGUAGCAAAGCCUAGUGCUAAGCUGUGCUAAGAAACCCCAUGAGUUUAUGCACCUUAUGCCCCAAAGUAUGCAAGAUAUUCCCCCGCUCCAAAAAAAAAAAGAAAAAAGUGCAUUAUAUAUUAUUCUCCCAUCCGCCACGUCCCUUUCUCCCAAAGCUUUGAUUGUAUUUUCCCCACAAAAGCACUUACUGUUGUAUUUAAAUAUAAUUAAUUUGAUCAAGCCCCUGUACAGGCGAAUUGACCAUGUGUGAGGGGUUUCCCCCCCGCACAUUAAUAAAUCCUUAUAAUGUGUAGAACUACAUUUUAAAGGUAGAGAUCUAUUCGAGAGACGUCAGAAUGUGAACGGAGUGGUUUCAGACAAAGAAGCACUUUGUUUAAAUAAAAGAAAUGUUAAACCACACUGGACUGUCCUCUACCAGGUGAUAAAGAAAAGAGAAACUCCUUCUGAAGCACCUUCUGGAGUUAAAGGCCAAAAAGAAAAGACAAAUGCUGCCCAGCAAAAAGAUAAAGAUGAAUGGUGAGGGUUUGGGUGAUCCCAGGUCCCCUCCGACUGGCCUCACACAUUCAUCGAGAACCUUGAAACGAAAGCUGAAGUGACUCCUGAUUCUCAGGAAGUCGCUUCAGAUUUCUGAGAAGUUAUUUCCAAAGUGUAUUUUAAAAGGCUCGCCCGCACAGGCAGUCAGCGAUAAAUAUAUAAAGAGGACUUUGCGACAAAGCCUCCGAGAGUCCUCCACCCUCUGGCGGUGAUUGAGCGACUGUUGCCACGACGAUAGCCCAACACCGCGAGCUGCUGCCCCCCCCGCGCACAGCUCCGGUGUGUCACUUUAUAGACCAGCAGGAAGCACUUACCUGCCCUGAAGCCCCUCUGCCGAGCACGGCUCGAGGCUUCACGGGUCGGAUCACAUGACAGGAGAGAGAGAGGCCUCACGGCGGACCUCGGUGUGCCGCUCACAAUCCUGAGACUUCUGAGAUAAUGAAUCGUUUUUAUUAGAGCACUUAUGUUUGUAGAGAAAGAGAUGUGUCCCCCCAUAGUAGGUUUCAUCUGACUACGGAAAUACAACUUUUUUUUUUUUAGCACAACUGCAAAUGUAAAGAGCAGUGGAGCGGACAGAUUACCGCCUGAGAGAUGCUGGCCAGGAACAUAAAAAAAAAAAUCUCUCGCUUGAAAGAGAGAAUGAAAUGAGCUCGCUAUGUUAGAAAACAAAGUCAACGAGAAGCACCUUAUUUUCUUACUAUGUUGAUGACUUGCGCUCGAUCGCGUGCCACAGAAUUGACAUGGAUUAAAAGAAGCUCUUAUGAAAACACAAGGACAAAACCCUGACUAUCUGUAAGUGUUAAUGUAGUCGUGUCAGACAUCCCCCCUCAGUUAAGAACUCAGACCAUUACAUUGGAAACGCUGACAGUUCACCCCUGCCCCGGAGCGUAGGCCUACGCUCGGCGUCACAGGAACGGGGGCCGCCGUCUCUUACACCAACACCAAAUGAAUUCCGAGGUUCGGACUUGUUAGCUAUUAUUGGUAGGGAUUACGCAUACACUGGUGUGCUGUAGGUGUUUUAUAGGUUAAGAGUAGGAACCAGCGUCAGGAUUAACACACGACUGUAAGACACAGACACCAAGACUAGGCUAGAGAUUAUAGCUCCACUGGCCGAAUACUAAGUCUAGAAUUACUAGGAGUCAUAUACUUAACUGCUUUCAACUUUUGACAUUUAGUACAAAUAUGUGUAUCGCAACAGUACAUUGUUAGAAGAAGGCUUUUUUUCUGCGGCGAGCCAGAGUGCGAUUCGGUAUAACGAUGCCCUGUCUCUCGAUUCGCUCGCCAGAUAACAGUUAAUAAAACACACACACACACACACACACACAUGCACACAAACAAACACACACACGUACAUGAACAGGGGUUUCGGUUGCAUUUGUUACCAGCAGCAUUCUCUCUGCUUUUGUGCUGAAGUGAUUUUGUGCAGUUUCAGUUCUCAGUGGAGUGGUCGUCAGUUCAUCAGAGAUCUUUUUUAUUUUUUUUGGUAACACGUUCGACUGACUCCGCGUUUUUUUCCCCCGAGAUCGCACGGAGGGAGUUGAGAAAACGAGACGAAACAAAUGCGCGAUAAAGAAAGCGUGUCAUGGCGUGGGCACAGAAACUACCGACACAUUUUACACACACACACACACACACACACACACACACACACACACACAUUACACAGAUACAUAGAUGUUAAACCCUGAGUUACACAGUAGCUAGUAUGGAAAAAAAAAAAAAAUCAAACACAAUACAUGAUGUAGUGUCCCUCUCUUGUCCUUGUCUGUUUUAGUUCAAUAGAUAUUUGAUCAGUGAUUUUUUAUGCUUGUUAUCCUAACUCCCCCCUCCCCUCCUGCUGUGACACUUUCUCUCGCCUCUGCGUUCCCAAAACUUCAUUCACUUCUUUUCCCUGCCUCCUCUUAGAGUACAUGCAUCCACUCAUACACACGCACACACACACACACACACACGCACACACACACACACACAGACACAGACACAAGCAGACGCAGAUACACCCGAACAUUUGACAUGCAGAUUAACCGCCCUCUCCCCCCUCUCUGUAUUUCAGUUCUCUCUUUCACUCCCCCCUCUCUGCCUCUCCUGUAGCCCUUUUAGGACCGUUUCUAUUGGCCGUUUUUUUCUCUUUUCUCUUUGGGCUGCCCCGCCCCCUUUAAUCAACCCAACUAACAGUAAAGGUUAUAUUAACGUUGAUAAUCAGUUUCUGUAUGUAUCUAGCCAGAGUCUGGAAAAAAAAAAUCUGAAAAAAAAAAAGUCAAAACGGUUUUACUCGAUCGUGCAAACGUGUUUUUUCUUACUAUUUUUAAUGUUAUUACAUCUUUAAUCUAAUCCUACCAUUGCUUCAGUUAGUACUGAAAUACGCUUAGCCAACCUAGAGAUUUGAACUGUAAUGAUUACGAUUUUCCUUACCUGUAUUUUAUAUGGCAUCUUUAGACCACCGUUUAUUCUGUACGUUAAGUAACUAUUGCCCGUUUUUUUUUCUCUCGAAUUGAAAAUCGUCGUCUGCACUAUGUUUGUAUCUCAUAAUAUCCCUGAUAACAAUUUAUGUGGUCGACUCGUUAUUAUCAAUCUAAGCUGAACUCUGCACCCUUGCACAAAGCAGCGAAACAUCUCCCGAGAACCAAAGUACGCCUAACGUCCCCUUUUAACCCCUCUAUAAAGCCCCUAAACCCCCAACCCCCAACCCCCCAUUAGUCGAUGGUUUGCCCCCCCCCCCCCCGAGUAACAAGUUUUCUGACGAGUAUGAGUAUAUAUAUAAUGACAUUACAGCACGUGUGAUUUAUCUGAAAAGUCUGUGAGGUGAUGGUGUUUUUUUACACUGUGGUUGUUGUGGAGACGCAGACAGACAGGGAAGAGGAAUGGUUGUGUGUGCGUGUGUGUGUAAGUGUGUGUGUGUGUGUGUGUGUGUGUGUGUGUGUAGAGCUGCUCGAGUGUAUCUUCUGUGUUGACUGAAUAUAGGCUGUGAACCACUGACUUCAAAUCUACUUUAAAACACAGGAAGGAACAAAACCUGACAAACACGCUGUCAGUCAUUCUGGGGUUUUGGCGCCCUCUUUUGCAUUUUUUUUUUUUUUUUACAUGUUACCAUUGUGCUCUCCGAACUAUGCCUUUAACUUCCCAGGCUCAGAUUGAUGGAGUGAUGUACAAGCCCUUUUCAGACUGCCUUAGUUUUGAAACAAAAGUGCUGUAACUAAUCUCAGCCGUCAUCACGUCUUUGUACAUUCAUACUGAUUCUGCGACGGUGUUUAUUGGUGUCCCAGUCUCCCCAGUCUGAAGCUCCACAUACACACACACACACAGCGCUGUGCUCCCCUCGCCCCUGUAACGCCUCUGUUACUACCUCUGAAGGUGGUGCAGAGGGGGGGGGAUCUCUUCGUCCCCCCCCAUUGCACCUCCAUUACAUUCAGAUUAAAGGCGAAACGUCACAGGGGCGUAAAUAUCGCGGCUUGAAACGGCAGUCUGAACAGGGCUAUUGUAACUGAGUCUCUUAAUGUGUGGGCAAAGAGGCCUUUUGAAGGGGCAGAAUUUUCCUCAAAACACGAGAUCUGAGAUUGUCACAGAUGUUCUACGUUGUGUGGAUGGACAGCAAGAAAAAGUUUGACAAGUAUGCCAAAGAAAUGUGUAGAGAAGUAAAGACUUAGGGGCUGAAAAAACGAUAGAAUAAAAAAGAGAUCACAAAAUCUUAAAGUGUACACCCUGCCCUUACUCCAGCUUUAAGUGAUGCAACCCUAGGACCCCUUACAGAUCAGUCCAUCACUGAAAACAAACAUCUCAUAAUAUCAAAGUCAAAUUACAUUUAAACUUUUGGAAGGAAAAGAAAAUUACUUGUUUGUUUCAGUGUCUAAAUGAGUGAAUUCAUGUUUUUAUUUAAGUUGUCAAUUUUAUACUUCAGAGAAUUAAUCUGUUGAUUGAGAAAAUGAAUCAUUGCAUGUAAUCAUUGCAGCCCUCAAAGUCUUACUACUAUAUAGUCAACAAUUGUAAUCCAUAGAAAAAUAAAUAUCAGGUGUCUGUCUCAGGCAAGAAAAAGAUUGAAAUGCCUAAAAUCUCAGAUCAAGUGCUUUGAGAAGAAUUCACGCUCUCUAUGACUGACGGGGAAAAAAACAAAAUAAAAACAUCCUGCCUCACUGCCUACGCAAAUGGGAAGCAACUCUGAAGAGCUUGACAAUGUAAAGAGAACCAAAAGUCCCAGAAUAGAAAUGUACUUUUUUAGUGUUAAGAAGUCAAACAGUGUUAUUGUCUGUCAUACAGAGUGUGGAAAGGAAUCAUCUGAUGUGUUGUACCUGUUCAGAUGUAUGUUGCAGGAUUCUCACAGCAUCGUGUCCAGUUUGAAUAAAGGUCCCUAUUCUGUCUGUCUCUCUCUGCACUGCCACUCCCCCUUAAAAGCCCCCCAAGCUCCAGUAUAAUCCCCCUCCCUCCCCUGUUGCUGAGUCUCAGUAAAGGGCUCGAGUUGAAGUCAGUCUCAAGUCAGCCACAAGUGUACCAAUGCAUGUACUUCAGUACCCAGGGCCGCCCGAAUCUACCUGUGCAGCGAAAAGGGUUAAAAAAUGUAUCCAUAAUACUAUUGUUAUAGAAAUAUAAUAUUAUCAUCAUCAUUAUUGCUGUUAUAAUUAUGGUUGGUAUAAUUUGUCAUCAUUGUUAGCAUUAUGGAAGCACCAGACUGUUUGUGGAAAGACGAGAAAAAGAAAGCCUUUUUUUUUUUUUAAAUUGUCUGGCUGUUGGUGGUCUGAUCUCACAGAGGGAGGGGAGGAAAGGUUCAGAAAGAGAUGAAGAUGGCAGUCAUGUUUGUACUGGUUGGGAAAUGACUUACAGUGCUGAAAUAAAAUUUAUUCUUUUAGUAAAAAAAGUA